AUGAUGCCAAUCUCUAAACUUCAUAAACAUAAGGAGCAUGAUGUAAUCCCUGCCACCUGCAAUAGUCAAGAUCAAGAAGAGCAAAGAACUGGAUUUACCGGCAAACUGAAUUCUCCUGAAGAGCACAGAUUCCUUGAGUUAAAACUCCUAAAUGGUUGAUUUAAGGAGAGGGGAGUAAAGCACCAUGUCUAUAGCCUCCCUUAUGAUAAAACCGAGAGAAGAGGUAUCUCAGUAGGAAUCAGAUUAGACCAGAGAUGACAACAAUCUGGUUUCCGAAGAACUCCAUCUAAGAAAUUUUAUCAAAAGAAUUUUAAAGACAAAAAAUAACAGAGUUUCUGGUAAUUUCACUUCUGAUACAGAAGAAAUGAAUUAUACAGCUAAGGAUUUAGUAGAAAAUCUGAAAAAUGGAAAGUACAAGAAUAUUACAGUUCUAACCGGUGCUGGGAUAAGCGUCAAUGCGGGUAUCCCUGACUUCAGAUCUCCAAAGAUUGGACUAUAUGCGACUCUCAAAGAGAAAUACGGAAUGGACGAUCCAACUGAGAUCUUUAGCUUACAAAGAUUUAUUAAAGAUCCUACACUUUUCUACAAUUUCUUCAGAGAGCAAGAUUGGAAUAGUUAUAGCCCAACUCUUACUCAUUAUUUCAUUGGUUUAUUAGACUAUAAAGGGUUGUUAAAUGUCAAUUACACUCAGAACAUCGAUGCCCUUGAACUAAAAGCAGGCAUUUCUAAAGAAAAAGUAGUAGCCGCUCAUGGAAAUAUGUCAGGAGCUCAUUGCCCUAAAUGCGGUCAGUCUAAGAAUAUCAAGACAUUUGAAGAAUAUGUCAAAAGAGGAAAAAUCUGGAGAUGAAACAAAUGCAAAUGCCCUAUCAAACCAACAGUUGUGUUCUUUGGAGAAAGUCUUCCUACAGAAUUUUCCGAGAGCAUGGACAAGAUAAAAGAAUCUGAUUUAGGAAUCAUCAUUGGGACUUCACUUGCUGUUUCUCCAUUUAACAGCCUCCCAGAGAUAUUCCCAAGAGAUACCAGUAUUGUUACUAUAAAUAGAGAACCUAUCAAGCAUAUUCCUGCUUUAGGCAGACCUAAAUGUAUCACUUUAGAGGGAGACUGUGAUGAUGUAAUAUCUAACCUGAUCAAAGACCUUGGAUGGGAGCAAGAGUUCAAAGAAUUUAUAGCUGCUCAAAAGGAAGUAGUCGAACACCUCAAGUCUUUAGAAGGUAAAAUCUAA